AUGGCUCUCAGCUUUUGCUCAAACUUGGGUGCGUCGCUUCAGCAUCACAACCUUCCAGAGCUAACCAGUACCUAUCCAGAAGGCAACAUGGAGAUAGGAAAUCAUGAGUUCUUCGAUUUCGACGACAACCUGAUGCUUUCGGAUGCUUUCAUCAACCCUUUUUUUGAGGUUGAGGAUCAGCUAUUUUACUCAGAAAGCUACACCAAUCUCCUCCCAUACUUUUCUUCUCCUUCAGAUAACAUAAUCUCCCUCGCCCCCGAAAUCUUUCCGGUCGUAGAUUCCGAGUACUCCUACCACUACCCGAAACGCCAAAAAACCUACACAGAUGAUUUCAACUCAAAUUUUGCACCAAAUUUCUUUGAAGGUUAUGCUCCAAAUCCCAAUCCAGGACUCCCAGAAUUCUUUCCAGAAAUCCCAGCCCCAGCCCCAGAGCCUCAGUUUCAGGUUCCAACAACCUUCAAUGUUGGGAGGACUGAGAAUGCGAUGAUUUCGAAGAAACCAAGUACCGGAGUGAGCUUGUCUGCUCAGAGCCUCGCUGCGCGCGAGAGGAGAAGGAAGAUUACUGAGAAGACACAGGAGCUUUCGAAGCUGAUUCCUGGUGGACAUAAGAUGAACACUGCAGAAAUGUUCCAAUCUGCUUCCAAAUAUGUCAAGUUCUUGCAGGCUCAAAUUGGGAUUCUUGAACUCAUGGGGUCAACUCAGGAAAACGAAGAUGCAAUGCAUACUCAGGAACUUCAAACUCUCCUCGUAACAUCUCCAACAAUUCAAGAGAAGUUGUACUCAGAGGAAAAAUGCUUGGUUCCAAGAGAUUUUGUUCAGACCAUUGCCAAUGAUUUCGAAAUCCAAGCAAAACCUUUGAUCAUUGAAGAGAUUGAUCGGUUGCUGGUUUCUAAGUAG